AUGGCAAAGUGGGGUGAAGGUGAUCCACGAUGGAUCGUUGAAGAACGUGCUGAUGCUACGAAUGUGAACAAUUGGCACUGGUCCGAGAAGAAUGCGACCCCUUGGUCCAAAACUCGUCUUACUGAUCUCCUAGAAGGUCUCACCAUAGAGGAAGGUCCGGCUUGUGUGAAACUGGAAACUAUAAAAACACUCGAAGGGGAAGCUACUGCUAAUAAUCGUAAAGCGAAACUUAUAUUUUUGUAUGAAUGGGAAAUCAAAAUCGGGUUCAUCGGACGUGUAUCGGGUUCAGACACUGAAUAUAAAGGAACUUUGGAAAUACCAAAUCUCAGUGAUGAAAAUGACGCUAAUGAAAUUGAUGUGGAUCAGGGUCCCUACAUUUCAUUUCCUUUUUCUUGUGAAGUUAUCUGUCACAUUCAACUGGACGUGUAUAUUCGCGAGCUUAAAGAAGAAUUCAGCAAAGGACUCAUCCUCCCAACGGACAAGGUCAAACCUCAGGUUGUAACAAAAGGGAAAACUGCAGUCGUGGAUAAGAAGAUUGAAAAAUUCGACGUGAAAUCUGUGGAGAUUAGCGAGUCCUUCAAAGUACCUCCUGAUCGUCUUUUCGAAGUUUUAAGUGAACCUAAUUUGGUUCGGAUCUGGGCGAAUGGUAAUGUAGAGUGGGACUUCAAGCAGGGCGGAAAGUUUGUUCUUUUCGGUGGCACUGUCACAGGAACAUUCGAAGAAAUUAAGAAAAACGAAGAAAUUAGUAUGUUGUGGAGGCUGAAAUCGUAUCCUAAUGAUCAUCAUGCCAAGAUCAAAUUUACUCUGAAAGAUGAGGUAAGUGACUCCACAUCGUUAAUUGUCACAGCCGAAGGAGUACCAUCUCAUAUGUCAGAAGAGACUCGCAAUGGCUUAACUCGUUACUACCUUCAAUCUAUCGCUCGCUCAUUUGGCUUUAGUGCACGUAUAAGCUAA